AUUGGAGCAUCUGGAGCAGAGGAUGAAAACGGCUCAGAUGGUGAGGAAGAUCUGAGUCCUGAGGAGAAACGAGUGCUGGAGAGAAAGUUGAAGAAGAUUCUGAAAAAGGAGGAGAAGAAGAAACUGAAGGAAGAAGGCAAAAGCAUAAAAGAAGAGAUGGUCAAGUUAACUCAUGCAUGUAGAGAGAGAAAGGCGCUGGAUUGCCUCACAUGCUGGUGUGAGAGACGGGAGCAGUGGAAGUUUCACAAAAGCAGUUACUGCAGCACAUGUAUGACAGACAGCACAAAGGUGUCUGACGAUCAUUUCAAGGUGUUGCUAGCGUAUCUUGAAGGUCUGCGUGGAGCGUCGCGAGGCAUCACAUUGCAGAAAGCUGAAGCGAUUGUGUGCUGGGAAGGACGAGGAGAAGAGGAAGAUACACACUUAUUUCACUAA